CAUCCCUAAACUCGAAACCUAUAAAUACCUAGACACAACCAGGUUGCCUACGUCAUUCGAGUGAUUCGACACCUAAGAGAAGAACUUCUGCAACUCAGCAACUCCACCUGAUUUACAAUGGCUGUCAAAACUGGUUAUUGGAAUAUUCGUGGGUACAUGCAACCCAUUCGACUACUUUUGGCCUAUGCCGGUGUUGAGUAUGAGGACAAGCGUUAUAAUGUUGGACCGGCUCCCGACUAUGACAGGAGUGAGUGGUUGAACGACAAGUUUAACCUUGGUCUGGAUUUCCCGAAUUGCCCUUAUUAUGUUGAUGGAGAUGUCAAGAUUUCACAAACUUUUGCCAUUCUGAAAUAUUUGGGCCGCAAACAUAACUUGGCAGCCAAGACUGAGGAGGAGCAAAUUAGAGUGGACUUGAUGGAGGCAGAAGCCAUUGACAUGCGUACAAAGUGGUCCACACUGUGUUACAAUGCUGAUUUUGAAAACAUGAAACCAGAUUACAUUAAAAAUGCUCCAGUGAAGUUGAAGGAAGUUUCUACCUUUCUGGGUAGUCAUCCAUAUUUUGCAGGACAGAAUGUUACUUACAUUGACUUUGUAAUCUAUGAGUUGUUGGACCAGAACUCUCAAUUGAUUCCUGAGUUACUUGAUGAAUUUCCCAAUCUGAAAGAAUUUCAGGCGAGAAUCGGAGGGCUAGAGAAAGUCGCGGCCUAUCUUAGUUCGGAUAAAUUCAUCAAGUAUCCUUUCUUUGGACCUAGCGCUCUGUGGGGUGGAAAAUAAGCAAAAUACAUAUUACAUUUCGCUAUUCAUUUUUGAAUUUGCUUAUAUGUUAAACUUCACUAGAUAAAUUUGUAUUACAAAGUUAUCCAACAUUCCUUGUUAAUGAACAAUAUACAUUGUUUAAAAAAAAUUGAUUCUUAAUUAUUGUUUCUAAAUAAAAAUCUGUCGUUUUUGGUUAAA